CAUUGGCUUGUUGGACAGGUCAGAUCAAGCUGCGCACACCCACCAGGCCACCACCACCUUGCCGAGGAUCCAGAUCCCGAGGGGGCCAAGCCAUGGCCACCGCCUUCGACUCCCCCACCUCCUCCCCCGCCGCCGCCGCGCCCUUCCAUGGCGGCGACGCCUUCCUCCACUUCGACGGCUCGGCCGACGUCCACGCCUCCGCCGACGGAUUCCCGGCCUCCCCGGACCCCUACGCCUUCCGCUCCGACGCGCCGCCCUCGCCCUUCGGCAUGCCCCAGGCCAACGGCGGCGCCGUCCACGACGACGACCCCUUCGCCCCUGACUCCAACGGUGGGCCCAUCCUCCCGCCGCCCACCGAGAUGGGCCGCGACGAGGGGUUCCUGCUCCGCGAGUGGCGCCGUCAAAAUGCAAUCCUCCUUGAGGAAAAGGAAAAGAAGGAGAAGGAGCUGAGGAGCCAAAUCAUCCUUGAUGCUGAAGAAUUUAAGAAAGCUUUCGUUGAGAAGCGGAAGCUCAACCUUGAGACCAGCAAGGGUCAAAACCGUGACAGGGAGAAGCUUUUCCUAGCGAACCAGGAGAAGUUCCACGCCGGCGCGGGUAAGCAGUACUGGAAGGCGAUAUCAGAACUUAUCCCACACGAGAUUGCUAACAUUGAGAAGAGAGGGGCGAGGAAAGAUAAGGAGAAGGAGAAGAAGCCUGGGAUCGUGGUGAUCCAGGGCCCAAAGCCUGGGAAGCCGACGGACAUGGCUCGGAUGCGGCAGAUAUUGCUGAAGCUGAAGCACACUCCCCCGCCACACAUGAAGCCACCUCCGCCACCUGCAGCAGCCGCCGGCAAGGAUGGUGCGCCAGCUGCUGCUGGAAAGGACGGAGCUCCAGCUGCUGCUGCAAAGGAUGGAGCAAAGCCAGCAGCCCCUGCGAACGGCAGCGUCCCUGAGAUGGAAAAGGCCGCGGGGGCAGCACCUGCACCAGCAACUGAGCCUAUCGCAGCUGCCUGAGCUAAUCAUUUGCGGUAGGAGGAUAGAGUUGUUUCAGAGGAGGCGGUGGUGAAAGUGUCUGAAUUGCUGGCAUGGCUGAGGCACCUACUGUGUAUUUUGUUGGGGCACCUUGAUUCAUUACAUUACAUUACUACUAUAUAUUGUUAUUGCAUUUUGUAGAGAGGUGGGAUGUGUGUAUCCUGGUAUUAAUAAGGUAAAUGAGGAUGUGUGUACUAUGUUCCUGUCUUCCAAGUGUCUUGAGAUUUUGUUCAAACUGGUUGUAUUACGUGACGAUCUGCUGCAUAUGUAUAUUUUGUGCUUCCUUGGUUUUUCGAUCAAUUUCA